AUGGCGUUGCGUCCUGCCUUUUCGCUUUCUGGCCGUAGCGCCGUUAUUCCCGUCGCCCUUGCCCUCGGGGCGCCCCUAGCGGUCUACUUCGUCUCCUUUUUCCUUGCCUUCGCCUUGCCUCUGCUUCUCCUUUCGCUUUUCUUCCUCAUUUGCCUCCUCCCUUCGCCGUCAAACUCAACAGCGUUCUUCCAUCCUGACGGCGACAGCGGGGCGGGCGGCGAGCGCGUGCUGUGGAGCCUGGUGGCGCACCAGCUUCGCACCGGAGGCGUGAGGGGAAAGUACCGGGAAAACGAGACAGAGACAGAGGAGCCUUUCUCCGACGUGCCCUCUCACCGUCUCCACGAAGAGCGCAGUGGCGUCAGCGCGCGAAAAGCAGCUGACGAGGCGUCGAGGCAGGAACUCGCCGAGCAGAAAGCAGAUGCUGAAGUCCCUUGCCGGGGGCGGGUGCCUGUGAACCCUCAGCGUUUCGUGGUCGUGUAUCUGCGCCAUGACUCUCCGUGGCUUCAGUCUCUGACUCCGGUGCGUCUGCCUGACAGCAGAAUGCAUCCGGGGUCGCCUGCGUGGACGCCGCGGGCGGUCCUUCUCAAGCUGGAGGGGGCCGUGCUUUCUUGUCUCUCCGGUGUGUUCACUGUCGUGCUUCGCAUCCGCUUCCACGCGCCGCGUAGCGGCUACGUGGUCACGGCGGGAAGUGUGCCUGCGCGGGAUGUUCAGUCUUCCUUCGGCAUCGACUUAGACCCUUUCUUACCACCAGCUCCACGCGAGUCAGCAGCAUCUUCCCGAGAUUUUUCUGCUUUCGCGCCGUUCACAGCGGCUGCUGGUGCGUGCUCAGCUUCCGCGUCCUCACUCGCUCUUCCCACGCACCCAACCGAGUACCCGCAGGCUUCCAGCCUCCUCGUGUUUGUACCAGUCCGGUGUUCCGACCUGCUGCGAGCUUCCUGUUAUCCCUUCGGCACGCUGUUUUUCCAGCUGGUGGCGGGCGCCGUCUCGGUUUUCGAGGUCCUGCUUCUCGGUUUGGUCCCCACGGUCUUCGUCGACACCGUGGGCGUUCCCGCGGCUUCGUUUGUCCUCUGGGCCUUGCAGAGGAGGCAGUCCUUCUCUCUUGGCGCCAGAGACCCAGAGGGACGUUGUAACGGAGCCUCAGCGAGCGAGGGAGCGCCCGACAAAGACCGCACAGAGAAACCGGUCUUGGUAUCUCGCAAAAAUACUCCCCCGGAGACGCGCGGCAAACAGGCGCGCGAUGGGCCGCGUCUGACCCGGCUGCGGGUGUACGUACAUUACCCUUUCGUGAGAGAGAGCAUGACUCUGGCACGGUCUGCUUCCUGCCAACAGAGGAAGUCCGCCGCAGCAAAUCGGGACGCUGGACACCCUGCAGCUUGCGCAGACUCUCAAGGUGAACGCCAUGCCCGCCGAGGGAGCGGCCGCGCCCCCUUCGAAACACAGAGACAGGGAGAUGGACGAAACGAAUGUGGCACGUGCUCGCCUCUGGCUGCUUCUGGGUGCGUGGCGCGGCUCCGCAGCGCCACCAAGCUGCGAUACUACCGCGGAUUAGCCUGGGCGUAUGCUGCCUCCCUUCGCUUCGCCUUCAGGGGAGCCCGUGUGCCUGUUCAGCGCCUUCUCGACGGAUGCGAGGCGGAGCAGGCGGGUAAGGCUCGAGCCGCCUGGGGUCAACGGAGAGGAGACAAAGCAGCAAGACGCGACGCCGCGACACAGGGAGAUGCAGUUAGCGUCUCCUGCUGCAACAGUAGCUGGACUCGCAGACAUCUGGAGGCGCUGAUGAACGGGGCGUCCUUGGAUGAGCUACGUCUGCGGAUACAAGAAGGUACACAAGACCCGCGUCAGGGCCUCGCGACACCUCGUUUUGUCUAUCGGGCUCCCGUUGUCUUUCCUCCGUGCCAGUCGUCUCGCGUCGAGAUGUCGUCGCCGGCGCAGCCGCAGACGCUCUUCAGCGAGCGGCCGCCGCGCAUCAUGUCGCUUGGCCAGUUUCGGCCCGAGAAACGCCAGCAAGAGCAAGUCCUCAUCUUCGGCGAGAUGGUCAGGCUGUAUGGACGCCUGCUGCCGCACCGGACACAUCUGGUUGUGGCGGGAGCGGUGAAACGGGAUGCCGACGAACGGCUCCUGCAGGCGGCCUGGGACGCAGCGUUUCGGCAUUCGUCACGCAGACGCUUUGACGGAAGGCGCAGGCGGUCACCUUCUGCAUCACCAAGCGACGGAGAUGCUGAAGAGGGCACGAGCUGGCGCGAGCUGCCUUGGAUGCGGAGUAGCCCGCCAGUGGCGGCCGCUGCAGAACGCCACGAACGCCGGUGUCAGGGCGCCGACACGGACAGCGAUGAGGCGCGAGAAGAGUUGCUGCUUGCCUGGAAGCAGGCCCUGAAACGCCACAGUGGUGCAACCGUCGUCAGCAGUUUUGGAUUUCAGUGGGUCCCCAGUUUCGCGGCCGCUCAGGAGCUCAUCGACGCGCAGCUAGCAGAGGCUGCGAGCCGAACUCGACGUGCCUCCGGAGCGGGGAGCUACGCAGAAGACAAGCUGCGUGAGCACGAGGAAGAAGCCUGGGGUGACCGCGUCUUCGCCCUCGUGAACGCCGAAGCGGACAUCCUUCGUCAAAUGGCACAGUCCGCAGCAGUCGGUCUGCAUACGAUGGAAGAAGAGCAUUUUGGCAUCGCGGUUGUUCAACUUUUGCUGGCGGGGUGUUGCGUGGUGGCGCACAACAGCGGAGGCCCGCGUGACGACAUCCUCGUGGCGACCGGUCAGUCGCUCCGGUCGAGCCCUCCGGAGGACGAGGUCGGAGCGGUAGGUGACAAUGCCCCGUGCCCGUACGCAACGGCGACUUCUUGUCGGGCGCAGCGUGGCUUUUUGUGCCGGACUCGAAGCGAGUUCGCAGCCUCUGUGGCUGCCGUUAUUUCACAGCUUGGAGAGAAUCCAGGCGAGGCAGUGUGGACACCUGACACGGCCAAGCAGGCGCUGAAAGACGCGCAGGAACGAUUCCUGGAUGAUGACACCUUCGGCUCUGUGGCCUUCGAAGCGCUGCAUCUUGGGGAGCAGCUCUAG